AUGGAACUUAGCAAAAAUGAACUUGAUGCGCAUAAUCAUGCUACAGGAAAUAAGCAGAGUGUUGGGUUGGGGGUAGUAGAAAAUAGCCUGGGGAACCUCAGUGCGCUGCAAAAUGCCGGUAUAAAUGCAGCCGUUGGAGCAAACGACCCAUGCCGUGUUCCCGCGUAUUCCAAGUAUCCCAGCCGCGCUGUUAUGAAUAUCCGGCAUUCAUCAAAACAUGCCGACUUUGGUGGGUUGCUACUGGUUCCCAAAGAUCAGGAAGAACACGGCUUCACUUCAAAUGCCAGAAUCUUUGUGGCAACAUUGAAAAGAAUGCCGCAGCAAAUGCAAGGACCCCAGGCUAAUUCCAUGUGCGGCAUGUUACAGGCAUGUUUGUGGAGGAGGUAA